AUGGCUGAAAAGAAUGAUUCAUUAUCAAAUAUAAUAACAAUAGACGGAUCAUAUCUAGAAGGAGGUGGUCAAAUACUGCGUAAUUCAACAGCAUUGAGUGUUCUACUUGAAAUUCCUAUUCGUGUAGAAAAAAUUCGAGCUGGUCGAUCACAAGGUGGAUUACGACCACAACAUCUUACUGGUAUACAACUUUUAAGUCAAUUAUCUGAAGCUAAACUUCAUAAUGGAAAUAUUGGUGCAACAGAAAUUAUUUUUACACCUAGAACUAUUAAAGGUGGAAAUUAUAUAGCUGAUACAAAAACGGCUGGGAGUGUAUGUUUAAUGAUGCAAACUGCUAUUCCAUGUUUACUUUUUGCUAAUAAUUCAUCUUAUUUGAGAUUACUUGGAGGAACAAAUGCAGAAUUUGCACCAGAAAUUGAUUAUUAUUCAAUGGUUUUCCAACCAAUAGCAAGACGAUUUAACUUUAAUUUUGAUAUAAAUUUAGUUCGACGAGGUUAUUAUCCAAAAGGUGGAGGUGAAGUUCGUAUUACUGUCAAUCCAAUUGAUCAACUAACAGCUAUUGAUUUAACUGAAUUUGGACAAAUUAAAAGAUUUUUUGGUCGAGCUUUUGUUGCUGGAACUUUAUCUAAACGUAUUGCUUAUGAAAUGGCUGAAGCUGCUGAAAAAUUAAUACAUAAACAAUAUUCAAAAGAUAUUCCAAUAGAAAUUCAAGUUGUUAAAGAACCUGAUAAUAUGGCUAUUGGAACAGCUACUGGUAUUAUAGUCGGAGCUGAAACAACAACAGGUUGUAUACUUGCAUCAAGUGCAUUAGGUAAAAGAGGUGUACCAGCUAAUGAUGUUGGUACACAAGCAACAGAAGAUUUGCUUUAUGAUUUAUCAUAUCAAGCAUGUGUUGAUCGACAUUUACAAGAUCAAUUAAUUAUUUUAAUGGCUCUUGCUAAAGGUCAUUCAAAAAUUCGUUGUGGUCCAUUAUCAGAUCAUACUAAAACAGCUAUUUUUGUUGCUGAACUUUUGACGAAAGUAAAAUUUAAAGUUACAGAAGUAUCAUCAUUAAAAACUGAACAUGAUCAAUCGAACUCUACUACAUUACAAGCAUCAGCAACAUCUGCAUCUAAUACAUCAAAUUCUACAUUUAUUGUUGAAUGUGAAGGAUUAGAUAUUAAAAUACCUGUUAAAGAAGUAACUGAUGGUGGUUUAAAAAAAGAAUUAGAACAAGCAGGAGAUAAAUUAGUACUUGUUGAUUUCUUUGCAACAUGGUGUGGUCCAUGUAAAAUGGUUGCACCAACUAUUGAAAAAUUAAGUAGCUCUCAUCCAAAUGCUAUUUUUCUUAAAGUUGAUGUUGAUCGAUGUCAAGUAGAAGCUCAAGAAUAUAAUAUUUCAGCAAUGCCAACAUUUGUAUUUUUUCGUAAUACAAAAGAACUUGAACGUAUUCGUGGUGCUGAUACACAAGCUAUUGAAGCAACACUUGAAAAAUAUUAUAAAGAAACAUUACCAUUUGCAGGUGAAGGUCAUUCAAUGUUAAGUACAACACAAACAAAUGCUUCGUCAACAAUGACUGAAUCCGAUCGUCAUAAACUUGAACAAGCAGCACAAGAACGUUUUGGUAAUGCUAAAGAUCAAACUAUGACAACAAUUCGUCUUCGUUUACCUGAUAUAGCAAAUCCUGUUAAUAUUCGAUUAAGUGUUGAUCAAACAUUAAAUGAUAUUCGUCAUUUAAUUUGUAAUACAAUAACAUUAUUUGAAACAACACCAUUUGAAUUUAUAGUAUCACCAGCUACGAAAAUAACUUUAGAAGAAGAAAAUAAAACAAUAAAUGAAGCAAAAUUAAUGAAUGCUGUUAUAACGAUAAAAAAACAUUCAUUUUAA